AUGGGAGAUUUAGUCCCUUGCCCGUGGGACUCAGAGUUUUCAUCAAAAGAAGAGCCAGAAUCAAACUUCUGGAUGAUGGAUGCAGGUUUCAUCAAAAAGGAACGAAUGGAUGACCCGUUCCCCGAGCAGCCUAUUAACAAAAGCAGCACUAGAAAAGUGAAGAGACCGAGUCCGCUGAAAUUGGAGAAUUCGAUGAUGGGCAGCUCGUUCGAGACAUUUUCCAGCUCGAAUGAAACAUCCCCGGAUUUUUCGGAUCACGAGGUUCCAAAUUGUUCUUUCAACUCUUGUUCAUCGAGCGAUGAAAAUUCCAGCUUCUCCGAUGAUCCCAUUUCAUCUCAAAUGGGCUCCGUUAUAACACCCCGCUCCUCCGCAAAAUUCAAUCACUCGAUCUCGCUCAUUUUCGCCGGCUUCUUGGAAAAAUUCGACCACCCGCGGGACCCGGUCAAUUGGUCUUCUUACCAGGUAGCCCAGUGGGUAGAUUGGGUACGAGCGGAAUUCUCAAUUCAUGGAUAUGUGCAUAUUGAUGGAUAUGACGGCUUACAGCUAUCUCGACUAAGCCGAAAUGAGUUCCUCUCUAAUUGGCCUCCUUUCGUCGGAGAAAUCGGAUGGGAACAUUUCCAGUACCUCACCAAUAAAGCUAAUCAAGAGAGUCAGCUGAUUGUCCCUAUCCAAAACCGCCUAAAUGCGUCCGGAGGACCCAUUCAACUUUGGCAAUUCUUGGUCGAAAUGCUUCUCGACCGACAAUCCAAAAACUGCAUCACUUGGACAGGCAAAGAUUGGGAGUUUCGAAUGGUUGAUCCCGAUGAGGUUGCAAGAAGAUGGGGAGUGAGGAAGAAUAAGCCAAAGAUGAAUUAUGAAAAAUUAUCGAGAGGAUUGAGAUAUUACUACGAUAAGAAUAUUAUUGAGAAGACUCCUGGAAGACGGUAUGUCUACAAAUUCGUCUGCGAACUCGGUGAAUUAAUCGGCCAUUCGGCUGAGCAACUCCAUGCAAUGCUCGACGUAACACCAGAGUCUGAAGAAAAAUGA